UCGAGCCACAGCAGUCAUAAAGGAGGCUCCAUACACAGACACACAUACACACGCAUCCCGUCUGGAAGGAAUUAGACAGCUGAAACAGCGGCUGAGAGAGACUUUGGCCACUCUGUGUAACCUGGAUGCUUGAGGAGACUAAAAUACUUACCUUGAUGCUCCCCAAGAGAGCUGAAGCUGGCUGCGGAGAUUUAAUUACCAAAAAGUUACUUCUAUUUUUUUUUUUAAUUCUAAUUCAUUUUUCAUGAAGUUUUCUUACUUUUUUUGUUUGUUUGCAACUUUUAUAAACUUUUCUUGAAAUAUGACUAAAACUAUUCAAAGUUGAUGAAGAUUUUUUUUUUUAAAUUAUUUUUACAGCUUUGAUUUGACUUAAACUUUUUUCAUAUAAACUAAUGCCAAAGCUGACUGACGAGAUGUUUGAAUUCGUACACACCAAAGAUGCACGUGGCUCCCGACUGAUUAGUUAGAGGAGAAGCAGUGUCCCCUUUUCCCGAGGACAAGGAUUGUUUUUUUUAUUACUAUUAUUAAUAAUAACCUUAUUAUUUAUGAGGACAAUAUUGAGCGGAUUCAUGAGAAUCACUGCCGCUCGAACUUUUUUGCCACUUUCUUCACGGGUGGACCUCUACCAGAGCUGACGGAGGUGACCGCAUCCCCUCUGCAGACCAACUAGCGGACAGCAGCUGCGACAAGAUGAAGUGUCAGAGAGUCCUGAGCUACCUGAGGAUAUUUGGGACCACCAUGUUCGGCGUGUCCCUCCUGGUGGGAAUCUCCACAGCCUACAUCAUGGGCUAUCAGUUCUUCACCACAGCCCACAAUUAUCUGUCCUUUGGUUUGUAUGGUGCUAUUUUGGUCAUCCACCUCGUCAUCCAGAGCCUCUUUGCACUCCUGGAGCACAGGAACAUGCGGCGCUCCUUGGAGACACCGAUCAAACUGAGCAAGUCCUUGGCGUUGUGCAUUGCUGCUUACCAGGAGGAUUCAAACUACCUUAGAAAGUGCCUGGUGUCUGUGAAGAGGCUGACGUACCCGGGGAUCAAAGUUAUCAUGGUGAUCGAUGGGAACUCCGACGACGACAUGUACAUGAUGGAGAUCUUUAAGGAAGUCAUGGGAUGGGACAAGUCAGUGUCGUACGUGUGGCGGAGCAAUUACCACGUCAAAGGUCCGGAGGAGACUGACGAGAGCUACGCCGAGAGCCUCCAGCAAGUCUCCAGGACCGUGCUCAGCAAUAAAUGUGUGUGCAUCAUGCAGAAGUGGGGAGGCAAAAGAGAGGUCAUGUACACAGCCUUCAAAGCACUGGGAAGGAGCGUGGACUAUGUACAGGUGUGCGACUCGGACACCAUGCUGGACCCAGCAUCAUCAGUGGAGAUGGUGAAGGUUUUAGAGGAGGACCCAAUGGUUGGAGGUGUUGGAGGAGACGUACAGAUCUUAAAUAAAUACGAAUCGUGGAUCUCCUUCCUGAGCAGCGUUCGCUACUGGAUGGCCUUCAACAUUGAGCGGGCUUGCCAGUCAUACUUCGGUUGUGUUCAGUGCAUCAGCGGACCUCUGGGAAUGUACAGGAAUUCUCUGCUGCAUGAGUUUCUUGAAGAUUGGUACAAUCAGACCUUCAUGGGAUCCCACUGCAGCUUUGGGGAUGAUCGCCACCUUACGAACCGAGUACUCAGCCUUGGGUAUGCGACCAAAUACACUGCACGGGCAAAGUGCCUUACGGAGACACCCAUUACGUAUUUGCGAUGGCUAAAUCAACAGACUCGAUGGAGUAAGUCUUACUUUAGGGAAUGGCUUUACAACUCCAUGUGGUUCCACAAGCAUCAUCUGUGGAUGACAUACGAGGCGGUGAUCACAGGAUUCUUCCCGUUUUUCCUCAUCGCCACCGCAAUCCAGCUCUUCUUCCAAGGACGACUCUGGAAUAUUUUGUUGUUCCUGCUCAUCGUGCAGGCAGUGGCGUUGAUCAAGUCAUCGUUCGCGAGCUGCCUCAGAGGCAACAUUGUCAUGGUGUUCAUGUCUUUUUAUUCAGUACUGUAUAUGUCAAGCCUGUUGCCGGCCAAAAUGUUUGCAAUCGCGACUAUUAACAAGUCAGGCUGGGGGACCUCUGGGAGGAAAACAAUUGUGGUGAACUUUAUUGGUCUGGUUCCAAUAACUAUCUGGUUCACCAUCCUUUUUAUUGGGCUUAUUUACACAAUAGUCCAACAGACCAAAAAACCCUUUCCUCAAUCUGAGGAGAUUGUGCUCAUCGUUGGGGCAGUAGUCUAUGCCAGUUACUGGGUGAUACUGCUCACACUAUACGCCGUUCUUAUAAACAAAUGUGGAAAGAGGAAGAAGGAAACUCAUUAUGACAUGGUGCUGGACGUAUGACCCAAAGACAAAAACACACCACUAACCACUGAAAUAUCUUCAGUAUUUUUAUAUCCCUGUUUACAAAGAUUGUCUAUGCAGAACAACUCUGGUGGCAAAACUGAGUUCUACCACAAUGGACAAGAAAAAUGGUUUAUCUGUGACCAUUAAUAAAUCCCUAACCUUGGAGAAGUGGAGGCUAACUGGGCAUCUUCGAGAACCAAGAGGGGCAAGUUAGCCGUUGUUAUCAAAGUUGGCUUAAAAGAGUGCUAGGCUUUGUAAUGUUAGCUACCUCUUACUUUUGUCGUAUCCACUGGGCAUCUGUCUAAUGUAAGUAACGUAGCCAGAGAAACUGUGGAUUCGUAGCUAUUCUCUUGGGGUUUAAACUUGACCAGGAAGAAGACUUUUCUCCCAGAGAGUCAUUGUCACCAAGAAAUAUCUGCACCCCACAAAUUGAGAAUGUUCCGUGUGUUUCUGCGUUGAAAGGGAGCCGUGCGACUGCCAGUUUGUCUCCACUAUCAAGCAACUGCACAAAGACUAUUGCAGGAGGCACUGCCUCUGAGCAACUAGUGUUACUAAAGCAACCAAGUCGUUGUUCUUGUUUUUCUUUCUCUCUUUCUUUCUCUCUUUCUUUCUUUCUUUCUUUCUUUCUUUUUACCACAUCAACACGCAGUGGGGUAAUAGGCAUUUAACAUGAAAAUGUUUUUCUCACCAAAUAUAUUUUUACUGGGGCCUAUUGAAAUGACACAGGGAAGCAAUGAAGGCAUUUACUGAAAUGCAUUCAGUAUUUAUUAGGCAGUUCUGUUUCAAUUGGAUUCAAGUCCAGAGAUUAACUGGACCAAUAAAGCAUUUUUAAUGUCUUUCUUGGGAAGCAGAUGAGAAUUUCCUUGGCUGCGUGAACACUGGCCUUCUUGAGAAAUCCAUCCUUUCAUCAUCAUCUUUAGAUUCUUAUCAAGAAAUCCGGUGCUUCCUACCAUGAUGAUCCUACCUCCAAACCUCACUCCCAGUACUCCCAGUGUUUUAUUCACUCGUCCAAGUGUUUUGCUGCAGAGUCAUAAAUCUCAACAGGCUUUUGCCUUCAGCAGUGGAGUCUUGGGCAGUGGCUGGGCGUAGAAAUCUGAAAAUUGAAAACUGAUUGGUUACCUUUUCUCUCAUCUUUUUUUUCUUUUGCAGCUUCUAUUGUCAUAUUUUUAAUAAUUGCCGUCGGCGUCACUCCAUUUCACUAAAUAUAAUUCAACUUUACAGGCACACUUCUUUUUUUGAGUUCUUUGUAUGUGUGUGUUUCAUGUUGGUGGCUGACAAACGGUGGGACUUUCACUAAUACGCUAUUAGCAUAUUUACAGAGAAAACGUUUCUGUGUUGCAUACCUAUUUCCCCAACCUGUACACACAAAAUGAAUUAGUUUUCCUAAACCGAACCACUGCACUGGUUCGGUUUUGUUUCAGUGUAUUUGUUGCUUUCGGGGUGAUGUGCUGGUGUGCCUUCUCAGUGUUUUUUUAACAGUUACAGUGGAAGUUUACAAAGCACAAAGGGCUUUAAAAUGGAGAGCUGCUUUUCAGCUGCACUCAUGUCGUAUGGGAUGCAUCCGGAGCCAAACCUGUGAACUGCACCUGCUUUUAAAGGGUCAGAGCCUGUCUGAAGUGUAUUAAUCUGUGAGAAGUAUCGGCCAACCUGUAAGGUUCUAUUCACAACAACUCGUACUGUGAAGUACCAAUGCUGCUCAUGGCACCGUGGUGCAGGAAUAGUGGAGGGAUUCCAUGUAUCAUGCAGCGGCUCAUGAAACACUCUUCACUUUUUAAUUUUAGCAGACACCAUAAACAUCUGAAAGCGACAACAGACUAAGGGAACCUUUCCUUUAUUUUAGUGCCAAGAGAAACAGAGUACUUGCUGUUAUUGUAUUUGAAUGUACUCCGGAGUAAGACACAUCAUCCAUCACAGUUACUGCAAACGUCCCUCUUCCGUCAGCAGGCCUAAAUUUAGCAAUGACUGAUGACUCGUUUUUAGCAACUUUAGAAUUAGCAAGGAUGUUGAAUGUAAAUCGGUGUAUUGAGUAAUGUUUGGAAGUGAUCCCAUAUGACAUGACUGCAGGACUUCUCAGUGUUUACAAGAUGAUAUAUUUUUAACUUGAUCAGAUGAACAUAUGACCACAAGCGAAAGACUUUGUAUUGCUGCUGCUGUGACUUUAUUCUUUUUUUUUUUUUUUUGCUAAAACAAUGUCUAUUGUUUGCAAAUGUUCUUUAAACGUAUAAAUUAGGACUGUGUGUUACAAAAAGAAAACGGUUUGUAGCAGUCCUACUGAUAGUAUAUUUAUUACAACCUAGUUGACUGAUGACCACCAAGAUGAUGAGGGGACCGAUUCCAAUCCGAGGA